AUGUUAAUGCUACAGGAUUUGCUUAUGGAAAAGACAAGGUUCGAGGGGUUAAUCUCGGUGGAUGGCUGGUACUUGAACCAUGCAAGUCUUACACUAAUAUGUCCCCUUGACCAAAUUCGCUUCAAAAUUCAUGAAAACUUACAUCUAUUUUCAUUGAAAUUAGGGAUUCGACCGAGUCUUUUCGAUCAAUUCGUGAACUCCACAAUACAAGCCGUAGACGAAUAUACCUUUACUCAAGUUCUUGGGUGCGAGGAGGCUAGGCGACAGCUCCGAAAUCAUUGGAAUACUUGGGUGACAGAAGCUGACAUCAGAAAGUUGGCUUCCUACGGAUUAAAUCACUUAAGGUUAUUUGUUUUUCGCUUUUGUCGUAAACGUCACGUGCCAAUGUUGACAACUCAUCGCAUAAACAGGAUUCCGAUAGGCUACUGGGCGUUUGACAAAAAACCUGAAGAACCAUUCGUCCAGGGGGCUUAUUUCUACCUAUUGAAAGCUGUAAGAUGGGCGAAAAAGUAUAACAUGAAAGUUAUUUUGGACUUGCACGGGGCUCCCGGAUCUCAGAACGGAUUUGAUAAUAGUGGUCGACGCGGUCCGAUUGAAUGGCAAACCGGAGACCCAGAUAACAUUCCACGCACCAUAAAUGCGGUGAAGAUUAUGACAAAACGAUUCAGUUGUUCAGAAUUCAAGAAUACCGUUGCGGCAAUUAACGUUUUGAAUGAACCCGCCAGCUGGGGAGGCAAUCAACUAAAUGUCACCCGAAAAUUCUACGCCAAGUCAUAUGAAGCAGUUCGUCAUAUUAACAGUGGAAUCCUGGUCGUCUUCCAUACCUCCUUCCUUCCUCUGUCCACUUGGGGCGAUUAUCUAAGUUCACGGAAAUUUUCGCGAGUCGUAUUGGAUACUCAUAUUUACACGGUGUUUAAUUAUGACCUGCUAGCAUUGAAUCAGGCGCAACGAAUAAAUUUAGUAUGCUCAAAUAAACCUGACAUCUUGAACUCGACCGAAAAAGUUUGGACGUUGGUUGGAGAAUGGAGUCUCGCCGAUACCGAUUGUACGAAAUGGUUAAAUGGUUUUGGCAGGGGUGCGUUGUACGAUGGAACUUUGGGUGAAAGAGGACCUGUGUGUCCCACUUGCAAAUGUCAAGGGACGGAAGAUUAUUGUAAUUGGACUUUGGAAUAUAGAAGAUUUCUAUUGGAUUUUGCGUCCGCUCAGAUGGAUGCCUAUGAAGCAGGGAUUGGUUGGAUCUUUUGGAAUUUCAAAGCCGAAGCAUCACCGCACUGGAAUUUCAUGUUGGGAAUCGAGGAAGGAAAAAAACAACAACCGAUACUCGAUAUGAUGGAUUAUGACGAAGAAGUUAUUAUUAAGCUUCAUGACACGUAUACCAACACAAACAACGCCAUGAACGAGGUGGCUCAAAAUAAAGUGACUUCCUUAUCUGAUAACGCAACAGAUCUUAAUAUGAUCGUGACACAACAAAACAGCGUUUUAUCUGACACAUAUAACAAAGUUUCUUUUAGCGAAUGGGUGGGUUUUAUGCAGGAUUUCGGAGCGAGUCACGGGUUCAUUAAUGCUUACAAUGUCAAUUUUGGCAUACAGGGUGAGGAAGACGGUGAUUUCGAAAUUGAUGAAGAUUUUGUUCGGGUGGUACAAUCACAGACGCUGCAAGAUGACGCGUUGAAACAUCAUCAAGAAUUUAUGGACGAAGAUUGCGAUACUCGGACAGAAGUGGAGGAAACUGCAACUUCAGAACAAGUUCAGCCUGUCGAAGGUAAAAAUGAUGAGAACAAACGAGAGAUACCCUAUGAUGAUUCGACGAAAGAAAUCGACAAUAUGGAUCAGAGUUCAUCUGCUCAACUUAGUGAGGUAUCUGUCCAACCUACUUUGAUUGUUCAAAAAGACGUUUCAAUUUCCGUCACUAAAUGCAAACAGUCUGAGAAGGGCAAAAAAAAGGGGGCGAGAAAGACUCCCGGACGAAAGAAGACCAAAGCCGAUACUGAACCUAGUCACUCUGUCGAUGAGAACAGUGACAUCGACUCCUCUAAGGAAGACGCCGACCUAACUCCAUCGAUAACAAAGUCUGGCAGAAAAGUUCAAAAACCCAUUUUCUAUAACCCGGCCAAGUCUGAGCGGAAAGUUAAGCCGUCCGAGGUAUCGAAUGAACAACAAAAAAUAUUGGUCGAGUCUAAGAAGACACCAGUAAAGAGAACGGCGGAAAGACGCCAACAUAAAACGGCCAGAAGCACGCAGAAUAAAGCAUAUGAUGCGUUAAUGAGAGUGGAUCAUGCUAUGACUCCAACGCCAAUUGUUCCCAAGAGUGUGCAACAAAGUCCACUAGAAAAUAUUCAAGUAUUUAAUCAAUAUCUAGAUUCUCGCGAUCAACCUAACAUAGUUUUCUUCGGUGAAGAACUAGAGAGUGAUGAUAGUAUGGUCUGCAACAUUUGUCAAGAGGGUUUAUCCGAAAAAGGAAAUUGGAUUAUUCUAUGUGACAAUUGUGAUACUCCCUAUCAUCAAAUAUGUCAUAAACCGGUUAUCAGUGAUGAAUUUGCAGAUUCUGAAAAAGAAUGGAAAUGUCUUAAUUGCGUAGAUUGUCCAAGUGCAAACAAACGCGCGAGGAUCGACAAGCGAAACCUUACGGGAAAGCCCCGUGGGAGACCAAAGAAUGAUAAAUCAGGCAUAAUAGUAGGAAGCGAUUCCACUGAGAUUUCCAAAGAACACCUCGGUGAAUCAGCGAUAUCAGCAAAUCGGGUUGGUUCGGCUUCAAAAUUGCUAACAUAUAAGCAAAUAGAUAUACUGUUGACGCGAGAGCAGAAAAUCGAAUAUUUUUCUUCUUUACCAAAAGAAGUUUUGGUUAACCUGUUGCUCUUGGCGGAACAAAUCGCGCCCAAUAUACCGUUAUAUCCGGCAAAUAUCUUACAAAAGUACAGAGAUGUUAACGCGUCUAAAUAUGGAAGAUCAAAGUUAAAUCUUCAGGCGAAGACAGAGGUAGCGGCGGAGGAAUCAAAUGUACAUAUGGACACUUCAGAAUCAUUAGCUCAACACGAAGUGGGUGAGGAUUCUAUCAUUCCGAAGAGGGAAACUCCGGAAGUCAUGACUCCUGAACCCACUGUAAGUUCCUUACCCAGUGCGAAUGUUCCAAAAAAAUAUUCUGCUUUUUAUGUUGAUAUUUUCAUAAAAGCAAUAACGGCGAUGAAUCAACCAAAUGGAAGUUCUGCACACAGUAUUUACAGUUGGAUAAAAAGUAAUUAUGUUGUUCCGGAAAAAUUCCAAAAUCACGCGAAAAAGCAUCUCUUUGAUGCCGUUGCACAAGGAAUCAUAGUAAAAAACACCAAAAUGACAUACAAAAUUAAUAAUUCUUAUCCUUACGUUCCAUCAAAGGAUAUUGGAGAAAACCCUUUCAAGCCUUUAAAUCCAGCUAACUGCGAGGCAUCAACACAAAACAAUAAAAUAACCAAGGCUAACUUGGAUGUAAUUUUGGAUCAAAGUAAUACGACAAUUUUGAAUAAUAUCGAUGGGGUUAAGGGUCAGGGCAGACAAAUGAAUUCGGAAAACCAGGGGAGAAAUCCGCAUGGUGGUCAAUUGAUCCUUGCUCUUCGGGAGGGAAAUUCCAGUCACAAUAUUCAGUCAACUUUAACUAGCUGUGAAAGAAGUCAGAGUUGCCAAUUGACACCAAACUGUCGUCAGAGAAGUCUUAAUCAGAGCGGUCAACCUCCUAAUCAACCGAUUCUGGAACAGAAACCCAUUGACGUGAUCGAUCAAGCAUAUCAGCGAGAAUCGUCUCAACAGAUGCUGUCCACAUCAAAGCCUGAGCAUAGAGAUGCUUUGAUAAACAACAAUACCGUGAAUACAUCGACCAUUCAAAAUCAAAAUAUCAAUUUUACGAGGCAAGAACAAAUGCUUAAAAAUCCUAGAAACCCAGUUCCCAUUUCAUCGAUCGUGAAUGGCAAUAUUGCACCGCGUCCCAGUCGGAUUCGCCCACCAAACUCUUUUAUGACGAAUCAGUAUAUGACGGUACCCCGGCAAAAUAUUAAUCAAGGACUAAACAAUUUCUCUCUUUCAAAUCAAUCGCUAUCUAUGCUGAAUAACGGGAUAGGUUCUCAAACAAUACUUCCACCGAUCAACCCUCAGCAGCAGCAACAACAGCAACAUUGGCCCACUUCAUUCAAUCCAUUUUACAUGAUUCCGAACACGAAUGAUAGUCAAUUUGGAUUAAUGCAUUCCACCUAUCCUACCUAUGGCCAGAGUCAACAAGCCGCGAGCUACCGAGGUCAUAAUGGAAUGCAAAAUAAUGGCUCCCUAAUGAACGGAAAUCAUAAUGGACAAAACAUCAACGGUUCUGUGAACUCAUCUUUACAAGAAAUGGGUUAG